GGCACGAGCUCAGACGAGUUCAUCUAAAUUGGUAAAGUAUAUCUCAAAGGCUAAGCAUCAAAGAUCUUUUUUUUUACAGUGGAACUCUCCGCACUGGUAUCAUACCAGGGCCUUUUUAUAAGUCCAUAAAACUGCCUACAUGUAGCCGCUCGCAAGUUUCUAGAGGGUACGAACUAGAAGGCUGUCCUGACAGUUCAGUAUGCGUGACGAAUAUCAUGGUAUAAUCGGGAGAGGAGACGAAUUUGGAAGUCCGGCUCGAGUCCGGCUCACUUCCAUGAUCAUCGAGCGCCUAAUAUUGUAAUCGACGACCGACCCGUUCAAUCUGUAUCAUAAACUGGUUUCACCCUUAUCAUUAUCUUUUUUUAUUAGGAGAACUGUAUCAACUCUGGAUCGGCGUUGGAAGGAGAAGAGCUAGAUCCGAGCCUCCCACAUCGUUCUAUUCUAACUUCAGAACGUUUAACAUUUUAUCCGAGCGCUUCGAGCCCUAUUCAUCAUCAUGACUGUAUGCACGGAUUGCGGAGGAACAGUUAUCGAGUAUGAUGCAGCUGCUGGCAACGGCUUCUGUGUCAAAUGUGGAACAGUGGUGGAGGAGAACGCUAUAGUAUCAGAGGUCACUUUCGGAGAAACUUCUGCUGGUGCGGCAAUGGUUCAGGGGUCAUACGUCGGCCAGGGUUCAACGCACGCGCGAAUGUCUGGUCCAUUCGGGAACAGAGGAAGUAACGAGUCUCGCGAGCAAACCAUCGCCAAUGCUAGCAGAAAGAUCCAGAACUUCGCUGGUGCUCUGCGUCUCUCUGAAGUUGUGUGCUUGGCGGCGACGCGUCUUUACACCCUUGCUGUUGAACACAAGUUUACCAAGGGUCGCAAAAGCAAUAAUGUCGCUGCUGUCUGUCUAUAUGUUGCCUGCCGACAAAAAGAGACACGCAACUAUAUGCUUAUAGACUUCUCAGAUCUUCUACAGGUCAAUGUCUUCGAGCUGGGCCACAUAUACCUGCAACUCGUCCAGACUUUAAAUCUAAAACUCCCUCUCGUCGACCCUUCUCAUUAUAUCUCUCGCUUUGCAGCAUUGCUAGAGUUUGGCGAAGAAACUCAUAAAGUCGCCACUGAUGCUGUCCGACUUGUACAACGUUUCGAUCGCGAUUGGGUUUCUCGUGGCCGCCGCCCAGCAGGAAUUUGCGGUGCGGCGCUCCUCCUUGCCGCACGUAUGAAUAACUUCCGGCGUUCAGUCGAGGAGAUUGUACAAGUGGUGAAGAUCGCUGAUACCACGCUGAAAAAACGAUUAGAGGAAUUCAAGAAGACUCCUAGCGGUGCCCUCACGCUUGCCGACUUCAGGACGGUGUGGUUAGACGAAGAGAUGGAUCCUCCUGCCUUCACAAAAGGAAAGGAGAAGGAAGAGAAAGAACGCGAAGAGGCUCUUGAUGGGCCGAAGAACAAGCCUAAGAAACAGAAGCGGAAAGGCAAACGGAAAAGAAGAGGUAGUGAGUCUGAAGAAGAACGAGUGGAAUUUGCACCACCUCCAGAGGAAAGCCCGCCUCAGAUACCCACAAUCGACCCUGCUCUGUUCAAUCAGGGUAUCCUUGCUGGGACGUCUGAACCAGUACCACUGUUUUACCCGGACGAAAAUGAAGAAGUUUAUGCCAAUAUUGAUCCUGCUCUGCGACCGGCGUCAAACAUGAUAUCUCCCGAUCUUGACUCAUCAACCGCAGCUGCCAUCGAAGAAACUGUUGAUCAGGCCCUCGCUGAGGAAGUUGCUAGUUUCCUGCAAAAUACUCAGGGCUCACUUCUUCGUGACGCUCUGGACGAAGCUGAUCAGCGCCGACAGGCUCAGUUUGCCGAAGUUGAUGAAUUGCUAGGAUUGGACGAAGAUGAGCUUGAUAGAUUCAUCCUCGCCGAAGAUGAGGUGAAGAUCAAGGAACGUGUAUGGGUGGAGAUAAACCGAGAUUACUUGGAGGCAUUAGCUGCCAAAGGCGAACCAGCUGAUGUGAAUCAACCCAAAAGUCGCAAGCGUCGGAAGACCAGCACUAAACCGCGCGACGAGUCAAUGCCGUCUGGAAAUACAGCGGCCGAGUCGGUGCGGAAUCUCAUCAAGAAAAAUCCAAAGUACAGCAAACGGAUCAAUUACGAUGCGCUCAAGGACCUCUUCAUUGAUGGGCCGCAAGCUCCAUCCCUCGACGACAAGGACGAUUUAUAUACAAUGGAUGAUAAGAGCGACGGAGAAGGUAUGAUAGUUCUUGAAGAAGGCGGAGGAGGCAUUGGAAGUCAACGACCAGCACCUCGACUACAUCGCGAAGAGCAAGGAGAGGAUGAUGAGAGUGAAAAGGGUGAUGAUAAUGUCGCUGAUGUGGGAUGGGAAGAUGCGUACGAGCAAGAAGUCUAA